UGACUUAAAACGUCUUUAGUCUAUGAUAAAAGUUUGGUGUAGUGGUGAUGAACUGUUGCAUUUACUGUUGAUUAUUUAUAUUAAAAUACGAUCGAGCUCUAAAAGAAUAUCUGUUUAUAAGUACCUUAUUUCAGUCUCAUUAUAAACAUGGACGGCAAAACUACUAAAAUGCCGAAAGUGGCUAAGGUAAAAAACAAAGCGCCUGCUGAAAUACAAAUUACGGCUGAACAGCUUCUGAGAGAAGCCAAAGAGAGGGAUUUGGAAAUUUUACCACCACCACCAAAGCAAAAAAUCUCUGAUCCAGAAGAACUAAGAGACUAUCAACAUCGUAAAAGAAAAGCAUUUGAGGAUAAUAUUCGUAAAAAUAGACUUGUUAUUGGAAAUUGGCUUAAAUAUGCUCAGUGGGAGGAAUCACAAAAGCAAGUCCAGAGAGCUAGAUCUAUAUAUGAGCGAGCUCUUGAUGUGGACCACAGAAAUGUUACCUUAUGGUUGAAAUAUACUGAAAUGGAAAUGAGAAACAGACAAGUUAAUCAUGCUCGUAAUUUGUGGGACAGAGCAGUCACUAUAUUACCCAGGGUGUCACAAUUCUGGUACAAGUACACCUAUAUGGAGGAAAUGUUAGAAAAUGUUGCAGGUGCCAGACAGGUCUUCGAGCGAUGGAUGGAAUGGCAACCAGAUGAACAGGCAUGGCAAACCUACAUCAAUUUUGAAUUACGAUACAAAGAAUUAGAUAGGGCUCGACAGAUUUACGAAAGAUUUGUCAUGGUGCACCCCGAUGUGAAAAACUGGAUUAAAUAUGCAAAGUUUGAAGAAAAUCAUGGCUUCAUUAAUGGAGCCAGAAAAGUCUUUGAAAGAGCUGUUGAAUUCUUUGGAGAUGAAGAUCUUGAUGAAAGAAUGUUCAUUGCAUUUGCAAGGUUUGAAGAAAAUCAAAAGGAACAUGACAGGGCAAGAGUUAUUUAUAAAUAUGCUUUAGAUCAUAUUCCAAAAGAUAGAAACAAGGAAUUGUACAAAGCCUACACAAUCCAUGAAAAGAAAUAUGGUGACAGAUCAGGCAUUGAAGAUGUCAUUGUAAACAAAAGAAAGUACAUGUAUGAACAAGAAGUAAUUGAAAAUCCUACUAACUAUGAUGCCUGGUUUGACUAUAUAAGACUUGUUGAAAAUGAAGGCAAUGUAGAUGAUAUUCGUGAUACUUAUGAAAGAGCCAUUGCCAAUGUACCACCAUCCAAAGAUAAACAGUUUUGGAGACGCUACAUCUAUUUGUGGAUUAACUAUGCACUGUAUGAGGAGUUGGAAUCUGAAGAUGCUGAGAGAACAAGACAAGUCUACAGGACAUGUUUAGAAUUAAUCCCUCAUAAAAUAUUCACUUUCUCAAAAAUAUGGCUCAUGUAUGCCCAAUUUGAAGUCAGAUGUAAAGACUUGAAACAAGCAAGAAAAACCUUGGGUAUGGCUUUAGGUAUUUGUCCCAGAGACAAACUUUACAGGGGUUACAUUGAUUUAGAAAUCCAAUUGCGAGAAUUUGAUAGGUGUAGAAUUUUAUAUCAGAAGUUUUUGGAAUAUGGUCCUGAAAACUGUAUAACAUGGAUCAAAUUUGCUGAAUUAGAAACAUUACUGGGAGACAUUGACAGAGCAAGAUCAAUAUAUGAAAUUGCUGUUGGGCAGCCAAGACUGGACAUGCCUGAACUAUUAUGGAAGAGCUAUAUAGAUUUUGAAGUACAGCAAGGAGAGACUGAGAAAGCUAGACAGCUGUAUGAAAGAUUGUUAGAAAGGACUGUUCAUGUCAAAGUAUGGUUAUCUUAUGCCAAGUUUGAAUUGAAUGCCGAAAAUGCUGAUAAUAUUAAUGUUGAGUUAGCAAGGCGUGUGUAUGAACGUGCUAACGACAGCCUCAGAAGUGCUGGAGAAAAAGAAGCCAGAGUACUUCUUCUAGAAGCUUGGAAAGAUUUCGAAACAGAAAUUGGAGAAGAAGAAAAACUAGAAAAGGUAAUGGCUAAAAUGCCCAGAAGAGUCAAAAAGAGACAGAAGAUUAUUAGUGAAGGGGGUGUCGAAGAAGGCUGGGAAGAGGUAUUUGAUUACAUAUUCCCUGAAGAUGAAAUGGUUAGGCCUAAUCUUAAGUUGCUUGCUGCGGCGAAACAAUGGCGCAAACAGAAAGAAGUCACACAACCUUCAGAGUCAGAAGAGAAACCUGAAGAUGAAGAACAAGAGCAGGAACAGAAUGAAGAGCCAGAACAAGAAAGCCAAACUCCACCAGAUAAAAAUAAUGACAAAGAAAAUAAUUAGUGUAAAGUUCAUCAAUCACAUAUUACAAAAUAAAAAACCAUUUCUUAUAAUAAAUACUUUUUAUUCUUA